UUCUUUUCUGUUCUUACCUAGAAACCGAUUUCAAUGGCACCGCCAAUAAUGUUCCUGCUUCUUCUCACUUCGUUCUUGAUUCCAACGCAGACCCAAUUCCAAGUAGAAGCCAAAGACGAAGCCUUUACCUCCAUAGUGAUAUCUCAAAAGGGUCUUGAUUUUCUGAAGGAAUUGCUGGUGAAUGAAGCUGUGUCUUCAAUAAUUCCACUCCAAAUUCCCAGAAUUGAGAAAUCUGUGAGGUUCCCAUUUCUAGGGAGUGUUGAGAUGGUGAUUUCAAAUAUCACAAUCUAUGGGAUCGAUGUGGGUGAGUCUUACAUUAAGCUGGGGGAUGAUGGGGUUGCUAUUAUUGCUUCUGAUACGACUUGCAAUAUGAGCAUGGAUUGGUAUUAUGAGUAUAGUACUUGGGUUGCGCCGGUUGAGGUGAAGGAUGAAGGCAGUGCCUCUGUGAAGGUGGAAGGCGUGGAAGUUGGACUUACAUUCGGCUUGGGGAUCGAAGAAGGAACUCUGAAGCUUUCCCUAAAGGACUGUGGUUGUUAUGUUGAGGAGAUUUCCAUUAAGUUGGAUGGAGGAGCCUCUUGGUUUUAUCAAGGGAUGAUUAAUGCAUUUGGAGAACAAAUUGAAUCUGCAGUGGAAAAUGCUAUCACCAAAAAACUUAAAGAUGGCAUUGUAAAGCUGGACACACUUCUGCAAGCUCUUCCAAAGGAAAUCCCAUUAGAUGAUGAUACUUAUCUGAAUGCCACUUUCGUGAAUGACCCAGUAUUGAGUAAUUCCUCCAUAGGAUUUGAGAUUAAUGGUUUAUUUACUACACGUAUAAAACCUUCAGUCUCUGAGUAUCUUAACAAGGAUCCAAAAGCAUUAGUUGUAUGCUCGGAUCCAUCUAAAAUGCUUGGAAUAGCAUUGGAUGAGGCUGUGUUUAAUUCUGUAGCAGCCACAUACUAUGAUGCAGAAUUUAUGCAAUGGAUUGUUGACAAGAUACCAGAUCAGUCUUUUUUGAACACCGGUGGAUACAGAUUCAUUAUUCCCCAACUAUACAAGAAAUACCCAAACCGUGAUAUGAACUUGAAUGUUUCUUUAUCUUCUCCACCAAUCAUAGAGAUCUCAGAGCAUGAUAUUGGUGCCACUAUCUAUGCUGACCUGAUCAUUGAUGUAUUGGAUGAAGACAAUGUAAUACCGGUUGCAUGCAUCUCAUUGGUCAUUCGUGGAUCAAGUUCAGUUAAAAUCGCAGGCAAUAACCUUGCCGGUAGCAUGAAAGUGGAUGACUUUUCAAUGUCAUUGAAGUGGAGCAAUAUUGGAAGUCUUCGCAUGUAUCUAAUUCAGCCGGUGGUGUGGACAGGCAUUCAGACUGUUUUUGUGCCAUACGUGAACAAACACCUCGGAAAGGGAAUCCCACUACCAAUUGUCCAUGGCUUCACCAUUCAAAAUGGCGAACUACUCUGCUCAGAAUCAAGAGUAAUGGUUUGCAGCGACGUGACUUACGAAGCAUCAGAAUCACACAACCUCAAUUGGCUCCUCCCAAGUUUGUCUAAAUACAGGCACGCUACAUAACGCAUAGCAUCAGCUUCCCCGCUUUGUAUAAUGUACUGCUAAAGUUCAGUCUGUAAAGUUCCAGAGUGCAAGAACAACCCUUGAAUGUGAGAAACUGUCUUCCUAAACACCCACCAGUGUACAUGUUGUAGCUAAAAGCCACUACUUGUUGUCAAGGCUAUAGUCCCCUCACAUGUAAUCUCGGGGAGAGGCCGAAAAUCGGACAAUGUAAUGUUGCAAAGUAUACUUCUGUGUAUGAUAACGAAUAGUUUCUUGACUUUA